AUGUCACCAAAGCAAUCCCCGCGCCAUACCCCCGACAUCACGCUCCCCUCGUCCUACAACACGCUCCCCUUCACCCAAAUCACGACACGCCACCACGAAAAAGAGCCCUCAGUCAUUAUCCUCACCUUGCACAGACCAGGUAAGCACAAUGCCUUCACCGACAUCAUGCGCGCGGAAAUCGAAUCCGCAUACGCCAUGUUCGAUGUAGACGAGCGCGUGAAAUGUGUCGUCGUAACAGGCGAUGGAAGGAUAUUCUGUGCGGGUGCGGAUUUAGAUGAUGGGUUUGGCAAGGGUGUGCAUGGAGGUGAAGGGGCGGAGAAGGUGCAGGAGCAUAGGGACGGAGGCGGACGCGUAACCCUAGCCAUCCAACACUGCCGCAAACCCUCCAUAGCUGCCCUCCAAGGUUCGGCAGUAGGCAUCGGCAUCACCAUGACCCUCCCCAUGAAUAUACGCAUAGCCUACGCCAAGGCGAAAAUUGGUUUCGUCUUCGCGCGCCGUGGUCUCAUCAUGGAAGCAGCCUCUUCAUUCUUCUUACCCCGAUUGAUCGGACAUAGUCGCGCUAUGCAGGCUAUAACGACAGGUAGCACAUAUCUUGCUGGCGACAAGAUCUGGGGUGGUCUGUUUGCGGAAACGUGUGAGAAAGCGGAGGAUGUGUUGCCGAGGGCGCUUGAGGUCGCGGAAGAUGUGGUGAAGAAUACUAGUACUGUUAGUACGUAUUUGAUGAAGGAGUUGAUGUAUAGGGAUAUGGGGAGUCCUGAGGGUCAGCAUUUGUUGGAUAGUAGGGUGAUUUACGAGUUGUUUGGGUCGCCGGAUAACACCGAGGGCGUACAGUCGUUCAUGGAGAAGAGGCAAGCGAAGUUUACGGGAACCAUGGACAGUACGAAUGUGACUGGUUAUCCGUGGUGGAUGCCAAUUGACACUCUGGGGAGGCCAAAGAUGGCGCCGACGGGGAGGGCGAAGAUUUAA